AGCCGAGCGACCGCAAGCAGGAUCGGGUUACGCGACGCCCCCAUUGUUUAUUAAACCCGGGUCAGUGCGCCGUUAGCCGCGGGACGGGACAACUCGCGUUGUGUACUUUCCGCCUGAGAAGCGCCGCUUAAUGCCUCGGCGAGCGGCUGGAGUGUGAAAUUCCUUUUAAUGGGGAGAAACGGCAUCCGGCCGGAGCUGUAAAAAUGAUUGAAACAAUGGACACGCAGCGUGCCUUGCAGGCAGUGGAGCGACUCCAGGCCAAGCUGAAGGAGCGAGGAGAGGUGCCCACCGAAGAGAAGCUCAGCCUGCUCAAGUCGGUGCUCCAGAGCCCUCUCUUCCACCAAAUCUUGGCCUUGCAGAAGACCGUGCAGCAGCUUAAAGACCAGGGGGUUGGAGAUCACGCGGCGGUAGCGCAACACAACGGCAGCCGUGCGGCGCUUUCGGACAGUAGCAAUGGCAAAGCACCAAGUGAUCAGUUGGACCAGAUUCUUCAGACGAUGGCACAGGGGCGCUACGUGGCGCACGUGGAUUUGCAGAAGCCGGCCUCGGGGGGUCUGGGAUUCAGCGUGGUGGGCCUGAAGAGUGAGAACCGCGGGGAACUGGGCAUUUUCAUCCAGGAGAUCCAAGUGGGAAGUGUGGCUUACAGCGAUGGCAAACUGAAGGAAGCGGACCAGAUUUUGGCCAUUAACGACCAGCCCCUGGACCAGACGGUGACCCACCAGCAAGCGAUCGGAAUCCUGCAGAGAGCAUCCGAGAGGGUGCGUCUCACCGUAGCCCGGGGACCCAUACCUCAGCUGUGGCAGCACGUCGAGACUAUUGAGCUGGUUAACGAUGGCACAGGCCUUGGCUUCGGUAUCGUUGGAGGGAAGACGACCGGUGUUAUUGUGAAAACCAUCCUUCCUGGAGGCAUUGCCGACCAGGACGGCCGCCUGAGAAGCGGCGACCACAUCCUAAGAAUCGGAGACACCGACCUGUACGGGAUGGGCAGCGAGCAAGUGGCGCAGGUGCUGCGACAGUGCGGCAAUCGGGUGAAGCUGGUCAUCACCCGGGGCCACGUGGACGAGAACCCCUCCGUCUCCACUUCCGCGCCGGCGUCGCUCCCGGCGGACAAGAGCGAUGAGAAAGAAGACGACGACGACGACGCGUUUGACGUUAGCCUGAUCAAGAACACCCAGGGUUUGGGGAUCACAAUCGCCGGUUAUGUCGGCGAUAAAAAUUCAGAGCCCUCUGGAAUUUUUGUCAAGAGCAUCACAAAAGAUAGCGCUGUAGAUCAAGACGGUCGUAUUCACGUGGGGGACCAGAUAGUGGCUGUGGACGGAGUGGACAUCCAGGGGUACACCAACCAACAGGCCGUGGAAAUCCUCCGACACACGGGCCAGGCCGUCCACCUGAAGCUGAUCCGCAGAGGAUUCCGGCCCGAUGAGAUCACCCCCGUCGUGACCAUCCUGCCGCCGUCUGCUGCCGUCCUCACUGACCUGGACACGGAGGGACAGACAAAAACAGAGCAAGAUGAAAAGCAGCCACAGGCACCGAAUGACGGAGCUGGCUUCACAUCGCUCGUAGAUCAGUUGACACAAGACAAAUACGGGGCAUUGUCGACACCGUUCAAGGAAGAGGAGCUCGUGAAAAAGUGGCAAGAGAUCCUUGGCGCCAAUAAUGAAGUUGUGGUGGCUCAAGUGGAGAAAUUCAGCGAAAGUAGCGGACUGGGGAUCAGUCUGGAAGCCAACAGCGGGCAUCACUACAUCCGUUCGGUGCUGCCCGAAGGACCCGUCGGCCGUUGCGGCAAACUAUUCAGCGGGGAUGAGCUCGUCGAGGUCAACGGGAUAUCCCUGAUCGGCGAGAGCCACAAAGAAGUGGUCCGGAUCUUGAAGGAGCUGCCCGUUUGCGUGUACAUGACGUGCUGCAGACCCGCCCCACACCAGCAGGCGGACACUGACGAAUCAAAAACACAAGUGGAUGCUUCAGCUGGCAGAUCGCAGUUAAAGCAAACGGAAUCACGUGACGCGGAAGUGGCGGAGGCGGCGAAUGAUGCCACACAGGAGGCGACGGGUUCUCCCUUGGCCAUGUGGGAGCUCGAAGUCCAGAAUAUUGAGCUGGAGAAGGGCGCGGGAGGAUUGGGAUUCAGCAUCCUGGACUAUCAGGAUCCUCUGGACCCCGCCAAGACGGUCAUCGUAAUCCGCUCCCUGGUUCCCGACGGCGUGGCCGAGCGGGACGGACGACUGCUGCCGGGGGACCGGCUGAUGUUCGUCAACGACACCGACCUGGAGAGCGCCAGUCUGGAAGAUGCCGUCCAAGCUCUCAAGGGGGCCGAACUGGGGAUUGUGCAGAUUGGCGUGGCUAAACCCCUUCCGGUGGACACCAGCGAAGUGGACGAAAAGAUACUUGAGCGCUCUUACUACAGCGAAGAAGACACAUUCCAGGCGUCGAUGAUUGCGCUUGAUGGAAGUGGCUCGGACCUGGAUUUCUUAAACACCGAGACUUCAAGUUACCUCAACUUCGGACCCGUUUCCGCGACGGCGCAAUUCGGCGCUUCUGAUGAAGACCUUGCCGCCUCGGUUGGAACGUCAGAGGGCGGCGAGUCUUACGGCUUCUUUAAUGACCUCCGGAUCGCGCCCGAAAUCCAGCCCGAGCUAACGGAAUCUGUUCAGUGUUACGCGAAAGAGCCCUCCGUGGAUUUCGCGGAUGGACCGAUCGAGGACGAGGCGGUCGAUUCAAAGGCGGACGACGGCGACCGAGCGAUUUCGGCCGGCGACUUUGAACGGACCAUUACGGUGGUCAAGGGCAACUCCAGUCUAGGGAUGACGGUGUGCGCCAUGAAAGACGGUCUGGGGAUGCUGAUCCGAAGCAUCAUCCACGGCGGCUCCAUCAGUCGUGACGGGCGCCUGGGAGUGGGCGACCUCAUCCUGGCUAUUAACGGGGAGCCCACUGUCAAACUCAGCAACGCACAGGCACGCGCCAUGCUGCGCAGGCACGCUCUCGUCGGACCAGACAUGGGAUCUGCUUGCUCAGCCGAGGAUGAUCUUUGCCCAUUUUAUGUCAUGACGUACGUCCCGGCAGAAUAUCUCGAGGAGUACAAGAGCAGCCUGGAGCGGGGCGACAUAGACCAAGUUUUCUCCAAAUCGACUGCAAAGGAUAUUCCCAACCUUCCGGAGCGGGAAGAUGGGGAGGGAGAGGAAAGUGUUUCUUAUAGCAACUGGAACCAACCAAGACUAGUGGAGCUCUUCAGACAGCCCGGCAAGUCCCUUGGCAUCAGCAUCGUAGGGGGGCGCGGGAUGGGCAGUCGGCUGAGUAACGGCGAGGUGAUGCGGGGCAUUUUUAUCAAGCACAUCCUGGACGAUAGCCCUGCCGGACACAAUGGCACCCUAAAAACCGGGGACAGGAUUGUAGAGGUGGAUGGUGUGGAUCUAAGAGACGCCAGUCAUGAGGAAGCAGUGGAGGCCAUUCGCAGGGCGGGAAAUCCAGUGACCUUCCUGGUGCAGAGUAUCAUCCAGAAAACCAGGUCGUCGACAAGUGCCGAGUCCGCGGAGGAGAACGUGACGUCCCUACCGAGAGAAAAGGAGGACAAGGAGGGUGACAGUCACAGUAGACUUGUCCUCCGCCUCUCCCCAACUAACCCUUUCACUCCUACCCCGUUUAAGCCGAAGAGACCAGAUGCCGCAAAAGCGACGCCCGCCAGCGUUGCUCUUGAGUUGCCGGUGGUGACCCACACGGGAGAGAGCGACACGGACACUCUGACGGAGACUCCGGCUCGGUUCCAGGAGACCGACGUAGGGAGCGGGGAGAAGGGUGAGGAGUUUCGACACAGCUGGGACGACAUAGUCCAGCGCUACGGUAGCCUCCCGGGCGCCCUCCACGCCAUCGAGCUAGAGAAGGGUAAAGCAGGCCUGGGUCUCAGCCUGGCCGGGAACCGGGACCGCUCCCGUAUGAGCGUUUUUGUGGUGGGCAUCGAUCCCGCGGGGGCCGCCGGGACUGACGGACGCAUGCUGGUCGGGGACGAGCUACUCGAAAUAAACGGGCAAGUCCUUUACGGUCACAGUCAUCAGAAUGCAUCAUCCAUCAUCAAAAGCUCGCCUUCAAAAGUCCAAAUCAUCUUCAUCAGGAACACAGAAGCGCUUGAGCAGAUGGCGGUGGGACCCGUGCGAGAAACAGAAGGAGACGCAGCAGAGCCCCGCGCCGAGGAAGACGUUGGUGAAGAGGCCACAGAAGACAAGUUAACCAUCCGUGAAGGCAGCGCCGCAGCUGUCAAUGGGGACGCAGAGGUCGCCGGUCUACCCCCCGGCAUAGUUUGCACAAGUCAACCCGAAACAGCUUCGAGUUACAGUCGCUCGUCCAGCCCGUCGACGCUGGCCUGCGAUCCCGCCACAUGCCCCAUCAUCCCCGGUUGCGAGACCACCAUUGACAUCUCCAAAGGGCGGACGGGUCUGGGGCUCAGCAUCGUCGGAGGCUGCGAUACGUUACUGGGGGCUAUCAUCAUCCACGAAGUUUACGAAGAAGGUGCCGCCUCCAAGGAUGGCAGGCUUUGGGCUGGAGACCAAAUCUUAGAGGUAAAUGACAUCGACUUGCGCGCGGCGACCCACGACGAGGCCAUCAACGUGCUGCGGCAGACUCCGCAGCGAGUCCGGCUGACCGUCUACAGGGACGAAGCCCAGUACAAGGAGGAGGAUCUGUGGGACUCGUUCGUGGUGGAGCUGCACAAAAGGCCCGGGCAGGGUUUAGGAUUAAGCAUCGUGGGGAGGAGAUCACGGGAUCAAAGGAACGACACAGGAGUGUUUGUGUCCGACAUUAUUAAAGGAGGCUUGGCGGACGCCGACGGCCGCCUGAUGCAGGGUGACCAGAUCCUGUCCGUCAACGGAGAAGACGUCCGUUCCGCCACCCAGGAGUCUGUCGCCGCUCUUCUCAAGUGCUGCGUCGGCUCGCUGAAGAUGGACGUCGGGAGAUUUAAAGCCGGACCCUUCCACUCGCAACGAAGGCUGUCCCAGUCUAGUCAGACGGACAGAGAAUUCUGUCAGACAAGCGAACCGUGCGGUUCCAAAGUGACUAUGGGGAGUCUUUCCGGAGAUGCGAGUCAGCACGUUCCAGACCUCCAAGACGCAAGGAUGGUGGAGUUCACCAAAGGCCCCGGUGACUCACUGGGUGUCAGCAUUGCAGGCGGAGUGGGUAGCCCCUUGGGCAACAUUCCCAUCUUUAUUGCCAUGAUGAACCCCGUCGGCCUGGCAGCGCAGACCCAACAGCUCAUGGUCGGAGAUCGCAUCAUCAGUAUUUGCGGAGCUUCUACGGAAGGCAUGAGCCAUUCGCAAGCUGUCGCUCUGCUGAAAAAUGCAACAGGGACAAUACAACUCCAAGUAGUCGCCGGUGGAGAUAACACCGUGACCGACGCGGCGCAGGAGCAGGCGGUCGGAGGCCUUCCGCCGCCUAGCUGCAUCUUCCAGGAUGACCUCAGCCCUCCACAGUACAAGAGCAUCACACUGGAAAGAGGACCGGACGGGCUGGGAUUCAGCAUCGUGGGAGGCUACGGCAGCCCCCACGGGGAUCUUCCCAUCUACGUCAAGACGGUUUUCGGCAAGGGCGCGGCGGCGGAGGACGGCCGCCUGAAGCGAGGGGACCAGAUCGUGGCCGUCAACGGGCAGCCGCUGGAAGGCGUCACGCACGAGGAGGCCGUGGGCAUCCUGAAGAGGACCAAAGGAGGCGUUUUGCUCACCGUAUUGUCCUAGCCAAUAGCGCUAAUAGCAGACAUUGCUAUUCCAGUGCCAUUUUUGAGCACCCGCCGUACUUCUGCGAUGAAAUAUAAUGCUGCUAAAGAUUCGGAAUGAAUUAUAUCAGUAUUAGCGCACACAACAAUGACGCAUUUACUCACGGUGGAUCAAUAAAACAAUCAUGGAUUCAGUGCUAUUUCAGUUGAUUUCACUUGUAG